CCUGCAGAUCAUCAGCGUUGUCCAGGUUUUCAAAAUGGCGGACGAGGGAAGAGAACUCUGCAGUGAAAUUCUAGACGUUGUAUCUUCCGAUAACAAAUUUAUCCAAAGUCCAUUCAUCAGUGUGAAAGAUACUGCCCUCAAAUACCUUAUGUGGCAAUAUGGAACAAACUUGUUUUAUAUUAAUGCUGAAGAUUUAUCUGAAGAAAACAGGCAGUGUGUGUCGUCCACUGGUAAUGAACGUCCCAGGCAAAUUGUCCAGAUUGCAGCACGGGAAAGCGAUUCCCUUCUUCAAAACAUCAAGAACUUGAUAAGUAAGCUGGAUUCUUAUAGCCAUGUUAAUGCUAUUAACAUUGAGCUUUUGGAUUGCAAGCAUGAAACUGAAGAUGUUGAAUGGCGAAGAUUGCUACAGCUUAUGAAAUUGGCAGUUGAUGUGUCUUCCAUCCCAAUUACCUGCAAGCUUGCAUUCUCCUCCCGAAACAUCAGUGCUGUAAUCAACAGAAUCAAUGAGCUCUCUGUGGCUGGGUGCAAAAAAGUUUUGCUGCAUGGUCGGGUAGAUACCAAAGUCGUUGAUGUGUUGGAUAGGACCUCCUGGGAGAGUGUGAAAAUAAUAAGGAAUUCUGUUAAAAUCGAAGAUGUUUAUGUUGAGAUUGUUUGUUCAUCUGUUUACGAGGCUGCCAAUUUUCUUCAAUAUACAUGUGUACAAGGCAUUGCUAUUGCAGAGCCACUACUGUGGAAUCCUGCCCUAUAUUCACGUUGCAGACCUGCAACUCUAGAAGUAAUGAAACAAUACCUCCAUUUAUGCAAGCACUUCUCCACUCAGCUAUUGCUUGCAAAAAAGUCCAUGAUGCAGUUUAGUGGGUAUCUGUUGCGGCGAUUCCCUGAUUUACAUGAACAUGUUGAGAUGGCAGACAGUGUUCAAAACCUUGCUGAAGUUGCCAAGGAACUUGAAGAAAGACUAUCCCAAUUAACGAAAAAUCAGGUCAAAAUGCUUGGAAGAUUGCAAGAGAAAAAGUUGCACUACAGAAUAAGAGCCCUAAAACAAAAAUGCAGAAACCAAGCAAAGAUUAAGAAAGGGUCUACUCUAUAUGAAGGGCCUACCAAAAGACAGAGAAAAGAGGAGCAGAAACAAAGGGUAGUGGAUGCCAUGGCAAACGGACUUCGGGUUGCCCUUGAUCUCAGCUUAGUCCAUAAAAUGAGUAAAAAGGAAAUUGGUAAAGUUGCUGGUCAAGUGCGGCGUGUUUAUGGCUCAAACAUGAAGUCCUCCCGCCCAGUACACCUUCACUUCACUGGUCUGGUCAAAUCAGAGGCUAUUUACCAGGAAUGUGUCCGUCAAAACCAGGGAUUCGAGCAGUACAUGGUGGAGAAAACAGAAUGUUCUCUAUCAGAUGUUUUCGCUGCAGACGAAACGAUCUACCUCACACCAGAUUCCCCUAAUGUUUUAGAAUCCCUGGAUAGCAGAAUGGUGUAUGUGAUUGGCGGUUUAGUGGAUCAUACAGUCCUCAAGAAUGUGACAAAGAGAAAGGCUGAGGUCUGUUCUCUAAAAACGGCGCGACUUCCACUUGAUGAGUACAUGGAUAUGGUGCACUCAGGCAAUCAUAAUUACUCCAGAGUACUUUCUAUCAAUCAAGUGUUUGAUAUUCUUCUCAAGUUUUACGAGACAAAAGACUGGAGACAAGCGCUUCUUUCUGGUGUCCCGGCUAGGAAGGGCUUCACUGUCAAAGCAUCGUGAACCUUUAUGCAAUUCUUUCCAGGGUUCCCUGCUAGCAGAUGACUCUUUUCUCUGUAUUUCGCGAGAUACAGAAAAGAGGCAUCUGCUAGCAGGGAAUUUCCAGGGGGAAAACUACGACGAAUUCAAAUAAAAAUCCAAUAACUGAAUAAAUAAACGGCUCUGUGAGCCAAUCUCCCGAA